AUCUCGUGAAAGAAGUUCUUCCAGCCUUCUCAGGUGGUGCAAUCAUUACUGCAAGUAGGCUCCCACGGGUCCAAAUAGGUCGCCAAGCCGGGGCAGGGACGCUACCCACCCCCCAUAAUCACGGCUGAAUUACAACAAGCCCGCAGGUCGGAAAAGCAAGGCGGAAGUCUGGCGAUACCACCGAUCUUGCCUUUCUUUUUUCUUUCUUUUUCUUCUCUUCUUUUCUUCUUCGCUGUCGAUUUUCAACGGUUCAUGCGCUGCAGAUCGUUGUCGACGGCGUCUUGCACGCGGGAUCCAGCAUCUCCUCUCAAUACAAAAGCUUGUCCGCAUCGCAGGUAGUAACAGGAACGACGGACUAGCCACCCAACCGUCGACGAGGAUGCGGCUUUCCAAGACCUUGGCCUUCGCGGCGCUGUUGAACGAGGGCGCCUCGUCGAAAGUCGUCUCGGCCAACUUCCACAGGGUUCAGUUCCCUGUCGACCUGGUACAGAUUACGCGCCGCGGUGACACCCUGAACCUCGCCGCCAUCAACAACAUCACCGGCGGCGGAUAUUAUUCCGAGGUGUACAUCGGUACUCCGGGCCAGAAGACGCUGCUACACCUCGACACGGGCAGUAGCGACACGUGGGUCGUCGACAAGCGGGCCGACCUGUGCAUAAGCCGGUCGCUACAAGGCCAGGUUGGCGGAGGCUGCGUCAGGCCCAUCGACUCGAGCGCGAGUUCCACCUUCAAGGUCGUGAGUCGCAACGGCUUUGACAUCACGUACCUCGACGGCAGGAAUAUCCGGGGAGACUACAUCCAGGAUACCGUGAGCUUCGAUGGCAAAACAAUCACCAACCAACAGCUAGGCUUCGCCACUCAAACUGUCAAGGGUUCGGGCUUGAUGGGCCUGGGCUUCUCCGAGGGCGUGUCAUCGCGGCGUCGAUAUCCCACCAUUCUCGACAGCAUGGUCGCGCAAGGCCACAUAGGCCGGAAGGCGUUCAGCAUGUGGCUGAAUGACCUGUCUUCGUCUGAGGGGACUGUCCUCUUUGGAGGGGUUGACACGGAAAAGUACGUUGGAACGCUCACCACGCUUCCGCUCGUCGAGGACCCCAACUCGGGCAGCAUCACCAGCUACAGCAUUGCCAUGACUGGAGUCGCAGUCGAGACCCCCGAUGAGAAGCUGGUCCAAAUGACCGCGGCUUUCUUCAACGCCACAACCAUUCUCGACUCCGGCUCUACCGUGUGCUUAUUCCCCGAAAGGCUGACCAAGUCCAUCUGGGCGAAAUUCGGCGUCGUCGAUGCAGGAUACGGGCUCAUCGACUGCAAAUGGAGAGGGGCCAUGGGCGAGGGUCACUUCAUCGACUUCGACUUGGCGCGCGUCAAGAUCCGAGUCCCGCUGGAGGAGAUGGUCCUCGACAACCUCGACCACAUCAUGGACCAGCUCGACGACCUCACCCCCUUCGACCGGACCUGCAUGUUCGGGAUCCAGAACAGCGCCAUCUUCGACGUCACGAGCAGCAGAUUCGCCAUCCUGGGAGACACCUUCCUGCGGAGCGCGUACGUCGUGUACGACGAAACCAACCAGCAGGUCGGCAUCGCCCAGGCGAACCUUAACUCGAGCCGGUCCAACAUCAUCGAGCUGCGCGCCGACGGGAGCGCCCUGCCGACAGCCACGGGCGUGGCGAGCCAGGUCACAACGCCUGCUCCGACGCGGACGGCCAGCGGAGACGCAACACGUCUUGUUUCGACGGCCUCGUCGACGCCUACUGCGGGCGAAUCCGAGAGCGCUGCGUCUCAUCAAAGUGCACCGUCUUUGGGAUCAGAUGGGCUUUUCGCCGUGUUGGCCAUGGCUGUGUUCACCACCACGGGUGCGAUGCUUUUAGCGGGUUGACAUUGGUUGUUGAAGCAGUUGUCGCAGUUGUCCUACCAGAAAAACUGGUUCUGCCGCAGGCAUUCGAAGGGUAAAGAGGAGUUCAGGACAGGUUCUAGCACGAUCGCAAUAAACCCAAGACACAAUAAAGUCUUGGUGAUAUUAUUCCCCUCAGACCUGUUGUGACUUGCAGUCCAUGAUUCAAGGUUUGU